UGCUCUUAUAAAUACGGCGUCCUGCCUCUGUGAUCUGCAGACUUGCUGCUGCAGAGAGAUGAGUUGUAUUCCUGUAUAAACAGUCAAGACUUUUACAGCAACAAAGGUUUCGUCUUAAGUUACGGAUGGUGAAGUUUUCUGUGGAGUUUCUUUCGUUGAAUAGUAAUUGUGUGGGCUUUCAUAAAGGACGUAAAGAUCCGUGUUUCCUCGAAGCUAUCAUGCUGAACACCGAGGAAAGUUCUUGGUUAGCGGGGUCCCGGCUUCCCAGCUCAAUCCCUCAGGCUCCAGGGCCUCUGUGGUGCUCCGAUGCCCCUCACCCACAGCUGAAGAUCCCGGGUGGGCGAGGGACUGUCAGGGAUCACUCUCUCGGCGUGCUACUACACAAGGAUGAGAAGUUAACAGUGACGCAGAUCGCUCCAGUGAGUGGGAACCCCUCUCUUCUCCGCUUCCACUACCAGCUCAGUGAGCGCCGCUCGGCCUUCUGGGAUACGGCUCUAUCUGAAGACAGCCUCUUCCUGGAGAUUCCUGCCGGUCCACUGGUGGAGGGGAGUAAAGAGGGGCUAACUGCUCUGCUCGAGUUUGCGGAAGAGAAACUCAAAGUUAACUACGUGUUCCUGUGGUUCCAUAAAAGCAGAGAGGAUCGAUUGUCCAUCAUCAAGACGUUCCACUACAUGGGCUUUGAGAUUGUGAAGCCGGGAAACCCCAUGGUACCGGCCCGGCCAGACCUGGCCUUCAUGGUUUACUCUCUGGAAAACAGCAGCUCAGACGAGGAGUGACUGCCACCGUCUCCUGACACCUCCCUCACCCACCCUCACCUCCCUCCCCUCCCUUCCCCCCGCCACCCCCCAUAGAAACACACCUUCUACCCGUUUUUUCAUCCAUUCAAAACCACCUCCUCACCCUCAGAAAUUAUUCAGUGCUGACUGGGAGGUGUCACCCUUUUUUUUUUCGACUUGUAAUUAAAGGGGGUGUUUGGGAAUAGUAGGAUUUCCAAUGUGACGUAGACACCCCCGCCUCCCCCCCUUUACCUCCCCCCUGAGGACAACUGCAGAUUGGAGAAACUGGGAGCGGCAUAGCUUGAACUAAAUCGUCACAUGCAUCUUGGGAUUUUGGCUUUUUUUUUUUUUUUUUUUCCUCCUGCUUGGUGGUUCCUCUUUCAGCUACAUAAUUUGUUUGCGCUGCCAUCAACAAGACAAACAACUGUUUGACAUUCAGGAGAAAGAGGUGUUUUUACAUUAAAAUUCAGCAUAUCUCUCCUCUGACAGCUUCUACCUUUUUUUUUUUUUUAUAUAAGAAAAGAGACAUUGGUUUGUGUGCAGAGCUGUAUACCAUGCAAGCUGUGUUGGUAGGGGUAAAAAAAAAAAAAAAAAAAAAAGAGGGGAUCAUGGGUUUGGUAUGUUCAAUAAAAUGUUGUUUUGCUUUAUAAUAUAGAUGGGUGAAAGCCUGAUCUGUUGCAUUUUAACACUGAAGCGCAUGUAAACAUUUCUUUUCCUAUAAUAUGUCAAGGCACCAGUCCAGCACACAUCAGUCACUCAGCUCUCAUCUGCCCAAAACAAUCAAGCCACAAAUGUGGAAAAUCCCCCCCCGUUUUUUAAGUCUCUCCGGAUGAGUCAAAGCUAAGAAGAAGUCUGUGUGUUAAAUGACGCCUUCUGUCCUCCUCUGCACAAUAAUCAGCCUGUCAAGCUGACAGUGUGAGGUAUCGACGAGCUGGAUAGGACGACGGUUGUUUCACUUUGCAUGUCACACAUUUAUUUUUAUUUUUUAAUGAUCAUAAGCUAAAUAACAGUUAAAACUGCAAGAUUGUCAAAGAGGAGCUCCACGUUUUUUCUAUUACUUCCCAUUUUAAAAAUUCACAGAUAAUGUUUCACUUCGGUCAAACUUCAGCCCUAGUUUGUGCCUCUCAUGUAUUGCUGUUACAUUCAAGUUAAGAGUAAAGCAUCUGGUUUUGUUCUGUUUUUUUAAGGCACAAAAAAAAAAGCAUUGAUUAUUUGAAAAACCCGUAAGAUUGUUUAAGAAAUCAAAUUAAAAAAGUGCACAAAAGUAGUGGUAGAUAUCACAUCAUAUAUCACAAAAACAACACGUAAAGACAUUUAAAUACACUAUAUUAGAUGCAACUUUGUAAAAGGAAAAAAAGCAAGGAAUAAAUAACACUUAGUGCUGCAGUGAGGAUAUUUCCAGAAUCCUCAAAGACGGUUCAAACCAUCUGGGUGAACAAAUCUUGCGUCUGUUGCACGAUUAAAAAAACAUUUUUAAAUUGUUUCCCAAGUCAGUAGCCAGAAAUGUCACAUCUCCUCGUUGGUUUUAUACAAUGCCACAAGAAAAAUAUCCAAUGUAACAUCAACAUUGACGAAUAUAACUGUAGAUUUUGUUUCACGUUGUACAAAUUGAGCAGGAUGUAAUGUUUCAGGCUACUGUCUUUGUUUGAUUAGGAUAAUUUAUCAUACUGCAGAAAAUAUUUGUUCAUCCAGUCUUUGAGGAUGCUGUUAAUACUUCAAAUUAGGAGCAAGUGGUGUUUAUUGACCUUUCGGGUUUUUCAAACAUCGCAGUGUAUUUAUUUUUUGGGGGGAAAAACAUGUUUGAAUGUAAUCGUGUUACACAAGAGGCACAAACCGCAGCUAGUUAAGCUUCAUUUAACCCCGUUUAGAGUCAGUCAGGGACUCUGCUAUCUAUCUGGUUGAAAGCACGGGGCUUCAUGUGCCUAAAGAGGAGAGUGCAAUGUUAAUAUUUUUUACUCUUGAGUCUUACUGAGGAAUGUGUCCAUUUUUUUUCCAUACAUCACCCCAUGCAGACCCCGUACUAUGUGAGGAAAUGAGCUCAUCAGUACAGUCGGGGCACAACAAGAGCACUUCAGGUGAUUACUGUAUAUGCAAUUAGAUUAAAAAACGCAGGAAGGGUCCUGUACAGGUUGUUCCUUUUUAGGUUUGUGGGUUGUUUUUUUCUUUUUUUUUAGUACUUUGAACAAAAAAAAACGCCAAAGAAUCCAUUCUGUGUCUGCUGUCGAUUCAAGUCAUCCUGAUUUUUGAGAUUCAGCUAGUAUGGUAUGUGAAGCAAUAUUAAUCUACAUUCCCCAUGCCAGCCAUACUUCACACCUCGGAGAAACAUGAUGGUAGUCGUUCCAUGUUGGGGUUGGGGAGGCCGCCUUCUUCUGCAUGUGUUCAGAUCAUACUGAUUGCUACUGAUCAAGCCCUGACUACAAGCUGUUAGGUGUCAAUAUAUGAAUUUUUCUCAGAGGUAUAUUUUUAUGUAUGUAUAUUUCUCUAUUGUUUAUUGUGAUAGUGUUAGGGGGUUAAUUUUUUGUUCUCAGUGAUGUAGUCAGCAAACAUUCAAUGACAAUCCACACUUGUAUACUUUGGAAAUGUUUGUCUUGGGGAAAAAAACAAUAAAAGUUGUUAUCUAA